AUGGAGGUGGACGAGAAGCCUACGGAGAAGUACACCGACGUCGGUGGUUUGGACAAGCAGAUUGAGGAGCUGGUCGAGGCCAUCGUCUGGCCCAUGAAGGAGGCCGAACGGUUCAAGAAGAUUGGUAUCAAGGCGCCAAAGGGUGCUCUGAUGUACGGCCCUCCAGGAACCGGCAAGACCCUCCUAGCCAGAGCCUGCGCAGCGCAAACCGAUGCCACCUUCCUCAAGCUCGCCGGUCCCCAACUGGUUCAGAUGUUCAUCGGUGACGGUGCUAAGCUCGUGCGAGACUGUUUUGCCCUCGCCAAGGAGAAGGCCCCCGCGAUCAUCUUCAUUGACGAGUUGGAUGCCGUUGGUACCAAGCGUUUCGACAGCGAAAAGAGUGGUGACAGAGAAGUGCAACGAACCAUGUUGGAACUCCUCAAUCAGCUGGACGGUUUCGCAUCAGAUGACCGCAUCAAGGUGCUGGCUGCCACAAACAGAGUCGACGUUCUGGAUCCCGCCUUGCUCCGUUCAGGUCGUCUCGAUCGCAAGAUCGAGUUCCCUCUGCCGAACGAAGAGGCCCGCGCUCAGAUUCUCAAGAUUCAUUCCCGCAAGAUGAAGGUCGAUCCCGCCGUCAACUGGGGCGAGUUGGCUCGCAGCACGGACGAGUUUGGAGGUGCCAUGCUCAAGGCUGUCUGUGUAGAGGCUGGCAUGAUUGCUUUGCGGAUGGGUAAGAACAAGAUCAGCCAUGAGCACUACGUGGAUGCCAUUGCCGAGGUGCAGGCCAAGAAGAAGGACACGGUCAACUUCUACGCUUAA